UCCGCACAACACCGGAAGCUACACCGUCUUGGAGAGAGCCUGGACGCAUUAGCGAAGCUUACAAGUAAAUAUAUUAAUAAAUAUUCAUAAGAAAGGAGGAUGAGCAGCUCGGAGGAAGUGUCCUGGAUAUCCUGGUUCUGUGGACUCAGAGGAAAUGAGUUCUUCUGUGAGGUGGAUGAAGACUACAUACAGGACAAGUUUAACCUGACAGGUUUAAACGAGCAGGUCCCUCACUAUCGCCAGGCUCUUGACAUGAUUCUCGACUUGGAGCCAGAUGAGGAGCUUGAAGAUAACCAGAACCAGAGUGAUUUGAUUGAGCAGGCCGCCGAGAUGCUUUAUGGCCUCAUCCACGCACGCUACAUCCUCACCAACAGGGGCAUUGCACAGAUGCUGGAAAAGUAUCAACAGGGGGACUUYGGUUAUUGCCCCAGAGUUUAUUGUGAAAAUCAGCCAAUGCUUCCUAUCGGUCUGUCAGACAUCCCAGGAGAAGCGAUGGUGAAGCUUUAUUGCCCUAAGUGUAUGGAUGUUUACACCCCCAAGUCCUCUCGACACCACCACACAGAUGGAGCCUACUUUGGCACGGGCUUUCCUCACAUGYUGUUCAUGGUGCACCCAGAGUAUCGACCGAAGCGACCAGCCAACCAGUUUGUGCCGAGGCUGUAUGGAUUCAAAAUUCACCCGAUGGCGUAUCAGCUCCAACUUCAGGCUGCAUCGAGUUUCAAAAGCCCGGUGAAGACGAUUCGCUAGAGCUCAACUGUAAAAACAACAACAAUGGACUCAUGGACCUUUAAUGUUUACCACUAGUUUGAAGCAGUGUACUAUAUAUUCCCAAUAAAUGGUUGUACAGUUAUGGAAGCUCAUCUGUGUUAAUACSKUUUUAAAUGACCCAUUUCUUCGUAUUUAGUGAAACCGAGUUGAAUUAUUUUUUAUCUUUACGGAGCAUGCCCAAAGCUCAAACUUUAGUGCAUCGUUUUUGAUGGGGUCUCCUGUAGACAAGUUAUACGGCAGAAGAAUUACAGUAAAUCAGUGAAUAUUGCCAAAAAAUGUCUCAGAUUUGCCGUAGACGUUUGACCUUGAAUUGUAAUGAAUCAUAAAGUUGUUACAGAAGA